AUGACAUCCAACACGCCCACAAUAAUUGAUCUCAAAACCUCCUUCCUCCGCACCCAAAUCCAAACGCUCUCUCAACCCCUCCGCCCCUCAUCCUCCCCUCUUCCCGAAACCGAGGAGGACGCUCCGCUGCGACAACGCGCCAUCGAUGACGCGCUCCUGAAACUCAACGCCCAGCUCAAGAAACAUAAUAAAUUGGCGUAUGGACCGCAGGCGAUGAGACAUGUGGCGGAGCAGAUCGAUAGGUUGUAUUGGAAUGCAGGGGAGAGGACUGUGGUGGGUGAUGUUGGGGAGGAGUGGGCGGAGAGAGGCUGUGAUUUUCGCAAAGAAAACAUAAUCGACCAACUCCCCUCGACCUGGAGCGAAGAAGCAGAAGUCGAAGCCCCUGCCAAAGCAGCGCGGUACACGGAGCUGCAAACACGGCUGGAGGAGUUGAAUGAGCGGAGAAGGGAGAAGACAGAGGUUGUCGAGAGGUAUAGGGCGUUGAGGGGCUUGUUGGGACCGUUUGCGGAAGGGGGUGGGGUGCAGGGGAAUCUGGUGACGAGGGAGGGGAAUGUGGAGGCGGAGUUGGAGAGGAUGAAGUUAUUGAUGGUUAGGGUGCAGCGGGGGGUGCAAGGGUUAGGGGAAAUAGAGCAUGAGGAGAUGAAUGUUGAUGUUGAUGUUGAGGGGGAUGAGCAGAGGAAGGUGUUGGCGCUGUUGGGUGGGCAGUAG